AUGACCACUUUCCUAUUUGGCCUAUCCUCUUUUUCAUCGUUAGCUCUUUCUUCCCUUGUCAUCACCAGCACCACCAGGAGCAUCAGUAGAAGCUCCUCAUCAACCACCUCUCUCUUUGCUCUCCAACAAAGGACCAACGCCACUGAACCCAAAUGGGUCUCUGCAGGUGAAUCGACAGCCAAUCUCGUGGUUGAUGCUCUUACACUCAUUGUCUUUCUUCUUCUCUACAUUCCAACGCUUCUCAUUUACAUUAAACGAGAGAGUUGGCUCAUGUUUUGGCAAAUUUUGACUCGAAAGAAGUUGUGUGGAUGGUGGGGAUUGAAGCUCACUUCGAAAUGUUUUUCGAAAAGCGCUCACCAAGAUUUUAUUCGAAGAACUCAAUCGAAAGAAUUUUUCUAUGUCUUACUUCACUCCAUGUUGUUGUUUUAUGCUUUUCGAAUCGUUCAUGAAAUUGUCACCAUUGUGCAACAUUAUUAUGAGAUGGAGAAGAAUGCGACACUUUUCGAAACCUUCAAACAAAUUCGAAGAGUUUUCGAUUAUGGAAGUAUUUAUUGGUAUUUAUUUAAUUACAGUUUAAUCAUGCCCAUUUGGUUGAAAAUCUGUCUCUCAUGGAUGCAAGAAGCCAAACGUAAGAAAAUUGUCACUCGUUGCAUUUAUGUCUUGUUGGUAUUGUGUAACGUUUUCGCCGUUGUGGGUUUGUCCUCGUUGGUCGUGAUGGCCAUUCUCUCCUUAGCCAAUCCUCAAAUUGAUUAUGAAAAAACAAGAAGAACUAUCCUGUAUGCCUUGGCAGCUCCUCUCGGUUCAUUGGGAGUAGUGUUGAUUCUUAUUUUGAGCAUUGUGGCAGUGAUUGUGAUUGUGAACAUGAUUCGAACGACGACUUUGGCUGAGCCAGAAGCCUCUAAUCGAGAAGUUUACAUUACCCAAAAACAAACAAUUGUGAAAUUGACCAUUGCUGUCGUCAUUUUAGGAAUUGGUGUCAUUGUGAGAAUUGUGGCAGUUGCCAUUUAUAGUAUUGACUUACCGAGCUAUGUGAUUUAUCCAUUGGUGAAGGGAAUUCCUGAUGUUUUAUUUGGGUUGUGUGUCAUUCUCAUCUUUUGGCCUUACAAACUUCCAAUUUUGAGUCAUCCAGUUCAAUUCAUUAUGCAAGAUUUGAAAUUGGCCAAAGUUGUGAAAACCAAAGCCAAUGUGGAUUUAUCAAAUCCUUCAUCGACAGGAACGACAGCAAUGAAUGGAAAUUCUGUCAGUCGAGUGGAAAUGUUGAAAGAAGAGGCGAAUAUUGACAGUGCUGUAGUGGCAAGUUCUCCAAUUUCAAGUUCUGGAGAUCGAUCCUUCCCUUCACCACGUGUUCAUUUGCUAAAUAAGGAAAAUGAGGCAUCGACGACAAGUUCGGGCACCACGACAACUCCCAGUCACACUAAUUCGACUCCUGUGGAAGUUUCAUCAAAGAGUGAAAUUUCACAUGCAAGUAGUAGUGGUGUGGUUGUGAAUAGUGAAGAAAUUGAAACCAUCGUUUAA